AGCGAGGGGGCGGCGCCACCGCCUGGUGCUGCUGGUGGUGGGCGGGGGAAGGAGCCCUGCCUGCGGCAUAGUCUGCUCGCUUGCCGGACGGAGGAGCCCGCGCUCGGGAUGGGGAAGAAGCGACUGGCGUGGCGGCGGCGUCGCACCGGAGGAGAUUUUGAAAGAAGACAGAUACACGGUAGAAUUACUUUUGCAAACCACAGGAAGAAAUGUGAUUUAUUUCUUAAAAUGAAGAGAAAGAACCAACCUGCAAAAAGACUUGAUUAUAGCUAAAACUAGCUAAGAAUUCCUGGUUUUUUCAAUAUAUAGCUGCCAUAGUAUUUAAAAAUUAUCUUCCAAAGAGUCAUUUGCACUAAUAUUAAAGAAGAAGAAAAAGUGAAAUGCUAUAAAGAUUGUCAAUAAGUAUUUGUAUGGCUUAUCAUCAUAAUAUUACAUGAUCUACUCACAGAACAAAGUUUUUCACAUUUUAUUUUAUCUUUAUUUUUAAAAAAUAAAAAGAGCAGAUGCGAUAUUGACUUAAUGCAAUCUGAAGAGUUGGACUUCUGAACACAAUGCCGUAACUUAAAGGCAAUUGUCAGGACUAGGUUCGCUUUGCUUGGAAUCCUUCAGUCUUAUUUUAUAAACACUGUUUCCUAAAUAAUGGCAUGGGUAAAGUUCUUGAGGAAACCUGGAGGAAACCUUGGAAAAGUAUAUCAACCUGGAAGUGUGAUGUCUUUGGCGCCUACCAAGGGCUUGCUAAAUGAACCGGGACAAAACAGUUGCUUUCUUAAUAGUGCUGUACAGGUUUUAUGGCAACUUGACAUAUUUCGGCGAAGUUUAAGAGGUCUAUCAGGACAUGUUUGUCAGGGUGAUGCCUGCAUAUUCUGUGCUUUAAAGACUAUAUUUGCACAGUUCCAGCACAGUCGAGAAAAAGCACUCCCAUCAAAUAAUAUGAGGCAUGCCUUGGCUGAAAGCUUUAAAGAUGAACAGCGAUUUCAACUUGUCAUGGAUGAUGCAGCAGAAUGUUUUGAAAACAUCCUUGAGAGAAUUCACUAUCACAUAGUGCCAAGCAGUGAAACAGAUAUGUGUACUUCUAAAUCCUGCAUUACCCAUCAGAAGUUUGCUAUGACAUUAUAUGAACAGUGUGUAUGUCGCAGUUGUGGGGCAUCUUCAGAUCCUUUGCCUUUCACAGAAUUUGUGCGUUACAUUUCAACAACAGCUCUAUGCAAUGAAGUUGAUAGAAUGUUGGAAAGACAUGAACGGCUCAAGCCUGAAAUGUUUGCAGAACUGCUUCAGACUGCAAAUACUACUGAUGACUUCAGGAGCUGUCCUAGUAACUGUGGCCAAAAAAUAAAAAUCCGACGUGUUCUCAUGAAUUGUCCUGAAAUUGUCACAAUUGGCUUAGUCUGGGAUUCAGAACAUUCUGACCUAACAGAAGAUGUCAUCCGGAAUUUGGCAACACAACUUUAUCUUCCAGGGCUGUUCUAUAGAGUUACAGAUGAAAAUGCCAAAAAUAGUGAGCUUUAUCUCGUGGGGAUGAUUUGCUACGCAAGCAAACAUUAUUGUGCCUUUGCCUUUCAUACCAAGAGUUGCAAAUGGGUGCUGUUUGAUGAUGCUAAUGUGAAAGAGGUUGGAACAAAAUGGAAAGAUGUGGUGUCCAAAUGCAUUCGGUGUCACUAUCAGCCAUUGCUGCUGUUUUAUGCAAAUCCAGAUGGUACACCUGUAUCAACAGAAGAUGCACCGAGGCAAAUAAUUCACUGGUCUCAUUAUAAAGCCUGUGCAGGAAAUGGAGAAGAACUUGGAUUUGAAAAGUCUACUUUUUCUAAGUCAGAUCGUGCGAAAGAGAAUGGGUUUGGAGAAUCAGUUACUCAGAAGAGCACUAAAAAACAUCAGCCAGAUGACUCAACUUUUAGUCGAAACCAUGUUCAGUCUGGUGGUGUCAGAGGAUCAGCUAAAUUAGGGCAUAAUGAACAUAGGGAAAAGGCAAAGGAUCUUUCCAGAGAGUGUGCUCAGAAGGUAGCUGAGAUGAAAAGCUUCUCAUCCUCCCUACGAAAAGACUCUGACAGAGGAUCAAAGAGAGAAUCUGGAAAACAGAGAGAUCUAUCUGGAGAAGUCCGCACCAAUUUUAAGCCAGGAUCGCCACCUUCUGGGAAUGGAUUUAAGCAGCAUUCUAACGAACGUGUGUAUGGCAGUCAGGGAAAAGGACCUUACAGACAUGAAAAAUUACAUAACCAAAUUAGACCCACUGCACAAAUGUUGGGCUCAAACAAAACAGAUGGCUUUUCUGAUGGAGAGAAGAUGAGCCGUGUAAAGACUGACAGCACCACUGGUUACGAUACAGACAGCAGCCAAGACUCCAAAGACAAGGGAAGCAUCAGUAGCAGCAAAAGUCGAAGCAGAGGUUGGAAGCCAAUGCGAGAGACACUAAAUGUUGAUAGCAUCUUUAGUGAAUCUGAGAAAAAAGAACACAGUUCAAAGCCCAAAUUAAAUGCAAGCAAUAAACCUAAACAUGAAAAGGAGCAGAGUUCAAACAACUGGCCAAAAGAAACUCGAAGUCAAAAAGGCUUGAUGACUAUCUAUGAAGAUGAAGCAAAACAGAAAGGGAGCCGGAGUUCGUUGGAUUCAGAAGGGAAAGGAAAUGCAGAAAAAAGUGUAGGAUUUACAGAGAGGAAAACUCAAAAUGAUAGUUGGCAGAUACAAAGGACUGAAUCUGGUUAUGAAAGCAGUGAUCAUAUAAGCAAUGCAUCUGCUAAUCUUGAUUCACCUGUCAUUGAAGGAACCAGCCCAGUAGAUACUACCACAAUUAAGGAAGCUGUUUCCUGCAGUGACCAUUUAAUCAGAUAUUCUGGGUGUAUCUUGCAGUCUACCUCCCAGCAGAACAAAAACUCUUCAGAUGCCUUGAAGAAAGACCAGGUUACUACUCAAAUGAACUAUAGAUCUCAUAACCUACCUUCAACAUCUCAUCUGCAUAUGCAAAGGACUGACAUACCUGAUUGCAAUAAGAAGCUUUUUCAUUCGUUAACACUACAGACCGGUUUAAAAGACCACCCUGAGAGAGAAAUGAAGAACAAUGCACUUAGUGAGCAAAGCUCUGCACAGUGGCCUACUGAAGAGAUACUUGAUGAAACAAACAUAGCAGUACACACUGCUGAUAAUUCAGCUUCUUACAAUGGCGAGAACUUAACCAUGUCUGAAAAGGUUCAGAACAGCGAGUCUCUCUCUUCCCAUUUGCAGUUGCCUCAUACAAAGACAGUUAGACCCAGGCCAGCGCUUGCAUUUUUCUUACAACAGAAUAUAUCCAAACCUUCCUAUACUGAAUCUACUGCACCUGCUGAACAUAAACUUCAUUUGUAUAGUAGUAGGACUGAUGACGACACACAAGAAGCAAUUUACCAAAAUCUUCCUCCUCCUUUACCACCAAAGAAAUAUGUUCUCACUGGUUUGCAUGGUUUAGAAUAUGAAUCUGCUGUGGAUUUAAAACCAACAGAAGUACCGGGCAAAAAUCCUUCCAGUGUUGAAAGGCAUGUUGCAAGGGUAACUUCAAAGACUGUACCUGAAGCAAGUCCAUUUACAUAUGAAGAAAGACUUAAAUCAUUUCACGGGAAUGAGUCUUCCAAGAUGAAUUUUCCAUCAAGUUUAUCAGUAAACGAUCUGCAGGCUGUAUCCAAUAAUCCUAUACAUAAGGGAGCUUGCCUCACAGGACAAAGUGCUAGCUCCCUGGAUGCAAAUGCCAAUGAUAUUGUAUCUCUUACUACUUACUUUUCAGUUGACAACUGUAUGACUGAUACAUACAGGAUGAAAUACCACCAGAGACCCAAGCUGUAUUUUGCAGACACUGGCGUGUUAAACAAAGAGACACCUUUGCCACCAAGUGGAAUACAGAUGAACACUUCAUACCACAGUAAUUCCGAAUCAAAUUAUCCUACAACUGAUCAGAGACAUAAACCCAGCAUUGGAAAUAUAUAUUGCAGUAGGUAGAAUAUGCAACCAUUGAGCAUAAAUGCUUGGCACCCCAACAUGUUGCAGUGUUUAGGUUUCUGUACCUCACUUAUACUUCAUUGAGAAGUUACAGCUAUUGAAUGAUGGUUUUGCACAUGCAUGCGUGUUUAAGAGAGAUGCAAAGACUUUUGGACCUGUUACUUUUGUGCUUUAACAAGAUUUGCACUCAUUAUAGACCAAUGCAGAAUUAUUCAGCCAGCAUUGUUACACUUUUAAAAUUAGAAUCUACAAGAGAUCCUCUUUAAACUGGCAUUCAUUUGAUAAAUAGGAAUAGUUUGCUUUUUGCAACUAAUGAAUGCUGCACCUUUUUAAUACGACUUGGUUUAGAUCAUAUUUUCAUACUAACUAGUAGAAAUCAUUAUGAAAUACCUCCUUCGGGUUCCGAUCUCACAAGUGUUUAAUAUUAGUUACUCAUCUCUAUUUCAGGGCACUUUCUUUAUAUUACAUAAUGUAAAUCAUGCAUCUUUUAAUCACCAACCACCAUUUUAUCAGUUAUAGAAAGAUAGGAUGCUGCCUUAUACCGAGUCAGAUCAUUGGUCCAUCUAGCUCAGUGGUGUCUGCACUGACUGUCAGGGGGCUCACCAUGGCUUUAGACAGGAAUUUCUCCCAGCCCUACCUGGGGAUUGAACCUGGGACCUUUUGCAUGCAAAGCAUGUGCUCUAUCACUGAGCCAGUGCCCUUCUCCAGGCAGGAAAUGCUUAUGCAUAAUUGUUCAAGAUUUCUAAUGUAGAAUAGCCUUUCAUGGUUUUGGAAUGAUGGGUUGUGGGUAUGGAAGUCCAUCCCAUGACAGUUACUGUUCUGGCUUAAUGAAUUAUGGCUACAAUGUUAUAUUAUUUAUUUGGUGUUUAUACUUACAAACUUCGCCAAAGGAUACAUGCAGUAACAAGGUAGUACAGUCUCCUAGGGGUUUGUGUCACCUUGGGUUUCAAUUGGAAUAUUUUGCUCCCUGGUUAUGUAGUUUUCACAAUAAGGAAUGAUUUGUGUGUUUGUAUGGAAAGUUUAUUUUCCCAUGGAGACCACUUCAUGUUAAAACUGAAGUGAUAGACAUUUGGGAACUGUACUACCUCAAUAUGGCAUGUUGAGUCUGUCCUUAGUGUACAUAAACCAAGGGAAUUUCGUUAGUUCAGGGGUAGCCAAUGUAUGGGUUGCAUGCUGCAUCUGACCUUUUCCCCCAGGCCUACAUAGCUUUGUGACAUCAAUAUUUAGCUACCAACCUGUAGAUUGGUCAUUUCCAGAGUAAGAACCUUUGCAGGCCAUGUGGCACAUUGUCUAUAGGUGGUUAUCAUUGUAAGGAGGUGAGCUUUUAUAUGGAGACAGACCCUUGUUAAGGAGUUCUGAGCAAACAGGGAAUAAGUAUUCUUGAAGAUACUUUAUAAAGUACUGGCCCGACCUAAGAAUCUUACCUGGAACCCCUUGCAAGAUUGUGAAAAGUGCAUUUAACGGGAGUGUUGUCUUGACUUUCCCUUUAUAUUCAGGUACUAUUAACUAAAAAGUUACAGUAGUUCUAAUACUACUGUCGUCUUGCCACAUUGGUAAGAUUUUUUUUGCUGUUGUAGGUUUUUCUUGCUGUUGUAGGAUCACUUUAAAACUAUUUUAGUUUAGACUGCGGUCUUACAAAUGCUGGCAGAUAUGCUGAUAUCAGAACUAUGCACAGAAUGGUACAUAUAAUCUGAAAAAUUGUGUAGAAAGUAUGUUGAGUUCCUUGAGUCAAUUAUUUCCAUUGCCCUGGAUAUCUUGUAACAAAGUCAGUCCAUCAGAUGUUUAGUAUUUGAAAUGAUGCCUUAAUAAGUGACUUUUGAGUUUAUUUUAAUAUAUAAAAUAGUAGCUAGAAUUUCAAAUAGCAAUAGCUGGUGUUCCACACAGCCUACUUUAAAUAUUACAAAUUCUGCAUAGCAGUUGGAUGUACUAGGGGUUGGUUGGGACUGUCUUUGUGCUGCAGGAAAGAUUUUCAUAUCAUGAAUUGUAUAAAUAUAUUUUUAUAUUGAAACUUGCUCUGGAAAACAUUAUUUAUAUAUCUCUGCAUGUAUGGAAAAUACUGUUUGGCUUUCCAAACAUUUUAUUUAAAACUACAAGCAGGGGCACAAAACAAAAUAUUCCUCAAGAGCUAUCAUGGAAUCAGUCAGAUCUUUGAGGAGGGGAAAUGUUAUGGCAAAAGACUGUGGGUUGCAUCCUGCAAAGUGAUCCUGUUUGUGAAAGGGCUUCCACUUGUAUUAUGGAGCUUCCCCUCCCUCCCUCAGCUGCCCCCUAAAUAUGUUCUGGGGGUUCCUCAACUGUCUCAAUAUGCUUAAGCAUAAGUCCUUACAUGGACAGGACAACUUUACUGGAUAAAACCCUUUAAUUUACUUUUGAUAAGUGUUUUGAAUAAAUAAGGCCUUCAAGAUGAUUGCUGGGAGAGGGAGAAAAUGUAAAUGCCUUUUAGUUUUAAUUGUAGUGAUAGUUAAUAUAUUUUUCAAACACUCCAUAAUGCUUGCACUGUACUUGGAUUAAAUCCAGAAUAUGUUUGUGCUUUUAACUAAAUUGUGACAAUCCUAGCAUAGCUGCCCAAGACUUUGGGUCUAUUCAAGACAUUGGUUUGUUCGAGGACUUGCAUGCUUCAUCAUUGUUGGCAUAAAGUAAUGUCUGCAUUGUGGGAUUUCACAUUUAUUUGAAUCUGGGAUUUUUUUGACCCAAUCAUGCCUAGUGUAGAUUUGGAGGCCAAGUAAUGUCUGAACAGACCUCUUAUGUUUACGUUAAGUGUCUUAACCAUAAAUAUAACCUAAGAUUUGUUGCUUACCGGUAUGUAUGCACCAGACCAAAUAUCCUUCAACAGUUGCUCCACAUCUUGUUGCCUCCUUUGCUGCUUCUAUCAGUAGUGCUGCUGCAACUUGUACAUAUAACACACACACACACUUAGAACUGCAAGUGAAACCAAACCUUUUCCCUUCAAUUUAGGACAGAAGGAAUUUCAUCUAAAAGCAGCUUUGUAAAGUUCCUGUUUCUAAUACAGUACUUGAGGGUUUUUAAAACAAGUAAAUAAAUAAACUUUUCUCUCUCAUUCCUUAUACACAAAUAACAUGUGAUGUUGUUGUAAAGCCUUCAUGGGCAGAAGUGGCAUUGUGACAAGUACUGGAAUCUUAAGUGUACAGUUGAAAGCUCUUACUGAAAGGUAUUUGAAUUUGCAGUAUUUAUGUAAAGACUAACAAAUGUGAAUAAACUACUGUAAGAGCGUUACUACAUUUUAAAAAUGUGCAUAGCAAAGUGUCACUUUACAAACGAGAAAUGUUAAUUUGUAAAUUUGUUUCUAACGUGCUUGUGGGCACUGUCAACAAAUGUAUUGUUUGUAAGAAAGUUGAGUAGCAUCAUACUUUCUGAAGUGUACACGUCCUUUAAAGAAACUUAGAUGUUUCUUCGUUUUCAGUCUUUGCAGACAAACUUUUGUACAGAUCUGUGGCUACCAGAUAAUGCUUCUGUCAUAACAGAUGGUCAAUUUUAACUGACCGUGCACUCUUAGUAGAUGAAUAUUUGCUAGCAAAUGUGCAUACAUUGAUUUUUGACUUCUCCAGGGUGCCUAUUUUUAUAAUUGUUCCCUUCAGAUUAUAGAUUUGUAUGACUUUUGUAAUGUUAAAUGCAUUUAACAUGUCUUGUAAAAAUAUUUUCAUUGUCUAGAAAAUUUUAAUCCAAAAUUGCAUUUUUCUGCCCAUUCAACUGUCAGAUAAAAAUGGAGUUACCCUACAGAGUGUUUAUCUA